AUGAGUCCAAUCCUGGGCAUCGCGGAGCACACAGAGGACUGGAACGCCGAGGGCGCGCACUCGCGCUGCCUCACGCCGGCCCGCUCCCCCUGGCAGAUCAGCUUCUUCCUCAUGGUCAUCGUCUUCCUCUACUUCCUCCCCCUAAUCAUCCUGAUCGUCCUUUACAGCGUCAUCGCCAAAAACCUCGUCACCGCGGCCUCCAAAGUCGUCAUGAACAAGACUGUCGAUCCCUACAACGCCAGAGCUAGGAAACAAGUGAUUCUGAUGCUCGGAACUGUAGUCCUAUGCUUUUUCAUAUGCCUUAUGCCGUAUAGAAUACUUAUUUUAUGGAUAAUAGUAACCCCGUCAGAAUGGACUGAGAGCAUGAACCCAGAAACGUGGUACAGCGUCCUUUAUUUCUCUAGAAUAAUGUUAUACAUUAACUCCGCUAUAAACCCUAUAUUGUACAAUCUAAUGUCGUCCAAAUUUAGAAUAGGUUUCUGCAAAGUGUGCAUCUGUUAUAAGAAGGUAGCUGUUAGAAAUCAAAGCGUGGAAAACCGGACGAACGGUUCAACGACCAGCAGCAGUUUGACGCGCACGACCAAUAGUUUGAAGAAGUUGUUCCAUAGAGGAAGUUUAGACAAAACUGACACGGUUAAAGUUAAAACUAAUUUCUUUGAUAGGUUAUUGAAUAAAAGAUUUAUUAGACAGCAGUCGGAGCCGGUGUGUGGUUCAAAGGUGACUAAGAUAAACAGGAUGCGAAGUGAGGGCAGUAUGGUUGAGGUGGCGACGGUAGACCGGUCCGACAUGGACGAUGUUAGUGUUAGCCGGCCAGACAUCGAGUUGGACGGCCGGGGCUCGUUACGGCGCAGUGUACUAAUAAACAGUGCGAAAGCUAAGAGCAUAGAGUGUGAAAGCAAAAGAUUGAGGCAUAAAAUAAAAGUUGACUGCGUGGUGAAGUCGAGGAGUGUCGACUACGACUGCCCUGAAAGUUUCGUAAUAAUUAAAUCGAUACUGUAUGUUCACAGCCCCAUCCUCGGCGUGGCUACCUUCACCUACGAGGUGUACGAAGACGGCUCGGAGCACCCCGUAUGCCUCACCCAGGCCGACACAUUCUGGUCGGCCCUCUUCUUCAUCCUCACCAUCGCCGUCUUCUUCAUCGUUCCCCUCGGCGUGCUGCUUGUCCUCUACAGCGUCAUCGCCAAAAACCUCAUGGAGAACCCCGUCAUCAUCGCACAGAACACCAAGAACAACAACAACACAAACAACGUUCUAAGAUACAGGAAACAAGUCAUCUUAAUGCUGGGAACUGUCGUCCUAUCCUUCUUUCUUUGUUUACUGCCUUUCAAGGCUCUUACACUGUGGAUCAUAGUAUUUCCACCCGAGACAAUAAUGUCGUUAGGUAUAGAUGGGUAUUAUAUACUUUUGUAUUUUUGUAGAGUAAUGCUGUAUUUGAAUUCCGCGAUAAAUCCGAUAUUGUACAAUUUGAUGUCGUCGAAGUUUAGAGAGGGGUUCGUCAAGCUGUUGAGAAUAAACAAGUUGAUGAAUUGUGGGAGAAGCUUGAGAGAGAAUAUGCAAAGGAGAGAUACAUUUAAUACGACUACCUCAACUGCAUUCUCAAGCAGCCAUCACAAUUCUGAUUCUUUCUGGAGGAGAUAUAGUAAUAGGACAAGCUCGCAAAAGAAUAUCAUUAAAGACAGUAAGAAGAAAAAAGAGCCUGAGCCUAAUGUUCAACAGUUAAAAGUAGGAGAAAUUAUCAAUGUCGUAAACACAAGACGCAAUAGCAUGCAGUUCAUAUCAGCAAUGAAUGAACUUAACGAUAAUAAAGUAGAAGUAGAAGUACAUGAGCAUAACUGCCAAGACGAAGACACUGCCAUUGAGAACAAUAAACAGAUACAAAUAUUGAACCUAGAUGUUAAGACAAAUAGCGUGUAUUCUAUAACUCUAGAUGUAACAGAGAAGAGUGAAGGCAAGAAUAGGUUUGUCUGUGUGCCGGUCCAAGAUAGGGAGAGCAAAAAUAUAUUUGUAUACGACUUUAAAAGUAAAGAAAGUUUUGUGUAAGGAUAGAGUUAGUUUUUUUAUGAAGUCUAGAUCACAACUUUUAGUAAUGGAAUGAUAAUUUCAUUUUCGAAUGAGGGGUUUUUAAAGGUU